AUGUCAGAAGUUAUUGAAGGCAACAUUAAGAUUGAGAGAUUGUCCGCCGGUGACGGCAAGACCUUCCCAAAGGCCGGUGAUGUGGUUACCAUCCACUACACUGGUACUUUGGAGAACGGUCAAAAGUUCGACUCUUCUAUCGACAGAGGUUCUCCAUUCCAAUGCAACAUCGGUGUAGGUCAAGUCAUUAAGGGCUGGGACACUGCCAUUCCAAAGUUGUCUGUAGGUGAAAAGGCAAGAUUGACUAUUCCUGGGCCUUACGCUUACGGACCACGUGGGUUCCCAGGUUUGAUUCCUGCUAAUGCCACCUUGGUCUUCGACGUUGAAUUGUUGAAGGUCAACUGA